AUGUCUGCCACCACAACCGGGGGAGUCGCAGCCUCUACUGCAUCUGAUGGAGUCAUCUACACAGGCUUUGGCACUGAUAGUGGUGCCACUGCCACGGCUGCAUCUGACUCGGCAAAUGCUGCAGCACGGCUGAUUGUCAAUUUUGGGGAACUCUAUGGUCUGGCCGUGGUUGCAGCUGGCAUUUUUGCUGGUUUCACCAUCAUGCUCUAG